ACCAGCGGGAUGCACUGAUCUCCGUGUCUGUUCAACCGAUUCAACCAUUCGUUCGCCGGCUCCUAUCACGUAGCACCUCGUCUUUGCUCCGAACCAGUUAGGCAGCGUAUUAGCCAACAUGGUAAACCAGAAGAAGUGGCAUAAUGGCCGAAGCCAGCAUGGAUAUGUACCUAGGAUGGGCAGUGGGAAGAGGAUAUGCUGUAGCUCUUUCUGCGAAAUGUUCCGAGAGCAGGUGAACACAAUCUCGUCCUGGUUUGAUCAGUGGAAUGAGUGUGAGAGGACAGUAGCCCUCUACUCGCUUAUAAAACGUGUCACUCAUGUCAAUGCUCGCUUCCUGUCACUUGUCUUGGACCAGACGAUAGGAGACUCCCAGGAGCUACAGCUCCAUGAACAACAGGCAAACAACCCAGGGUUUGUAGGCACCUUGCCAGCAGAGAGUGAUGCAGCAAUAGCUCAGCUGUUGUUGCAUGUUCCACUCCUGCGCCCAGGAAACAAUGAAACCAAAUCUCGUUACGUAACUGUAAUACAUAAAGUCCUCAGCCACACUGUGGAGACAGGUGCUCACAUUGAUAAGGCUCGACAGCUGCUCUCCUACAGCCUCAUCCAUCCUGCCUUCAGUGGAGAAGACAGGAGGUCUCUUACAUACUGGCUGAGACUUCUAGAGGCCCGAAUCACAAAUGGAACAACUCGAGUGAUGCCACCCACAGUGUGUGACUCCCCUCAGCACCAACAAACUGCAAUAAUCUGUGGACAGCAGCAGCUGCAGAACAGAGUGAAUGGUGGCCAUGAUGUGACUCUCAUCAAUGGGCACUACAUUGUGCACAGCUGUAACUCAGCACCGUCCACUACAUCUCACAGUAAGACAGGUUUCACAGAUGCCACUAAUUACUCAAGCAGUACUCAUCCUCGUGUGCGGAGGAGCAAUAGUCUCACACCUCCAGUCAGUAUUACACAAACUUCAGACUUUUGGAGUUCUCAGGAUGAUCUAUCUGGGAGACAGAAGCCGCGAAGUUUCUCACUGUCUUCAGAACAUGCCCCCCCUCUCUCUCCCCAGAGUUCACUAGCCUCCUCAGGAAGUGGUUCUCUUGAUGAACUACGAACAGGAUUCAGUUCAGAUGCUUGUGGGAUGCGUGAUGUUCCAUCAUGGCUAAAGUCAUUACGACUUCACAAGUAUGCACAAUUAUUUGCACAGCUGAGUUAUGAGGAGAUGCUUGCGCUCACGGAGGAACAACUUGCUGCUCAGGGUGUCACUAAAGGUGCUCGACAUAAAAUUAUCAUCAGCAUUCGUAAACUGAGAGAGCGCUUCAACACACUUUGUCAAUUGGAAAAAGAUGUAGUUGAAGGUGACAAUCUGGCUAUAGCUCUAGAAGAGUUGAAGGCUAUUCUAAUCUCGCCAAUCAAACCCUCUCAUCGUGAGGACAGGGAGAGAGAUGAGACUGAAACUGGUAGUGAUGUGAAGAUCACUGGUAGUAGUACUGCUGGUAGCCAAGUGGAAAAUACUGGUAGUGACAUGAUUGUGCCAAGUGAGUCAGACAUUGUUGUUCCUGAUGAAGACAUCCCAGUCCAGUUCACCAAAGUUAUGGGCAAAGUAUGCACGCAACUUCUGGUGAGUAAUCAUGCAGAAGAGGAGGUUGUUCGUUUAUUUAUGUGGCUGGUGGAUCACUCAUUACAACACGAAGCAUUCACUACACAACAGAAGCGACGACUGAGCUCUUGGAGACUGCAGAUUCAGGAUGCAUGGCAUUUGUCCCCUUCUCAUCACAAAACUAGUGACCAGCGUCAUGCGAGACACAGGUGGCAUCAUCCCAGUCAAUUCUCUUCGGGGACAACGAAUGGUUAUUCACAUUCCCACUCCCAUUUACACGGGAACCGCGGACAGAGGUUUCCCCCUCCACCGCCACCGCCACCGCCACCACCACCACUGCCUCAACCUAUUGGCUAUGGCAGCUAUCACCAGCGUGGAACGGGCACCAAGACUUCUGGGGCUGGGUUCACAUCAUUAUAUCCUGCAAACUCCACUGCCCCACUAACUCAAGCUCCUGUUGGGCAACAUGAUUGCAAUAGUCUGUCCAUCAUAGGGAGUAUGGUGGGAGCAGGAGUCUCCUUCAUGGCCAAGAGACCGAGCUUACAAGAUACACUGCCAGAGCCUUUGCAGAUGCAUACUUCGCUGCAGAGGACACGUUCAGCUCCACCAAAGCCCAAUAACUUCAGUGGAUUAAGUUUUGGACCAGGAACAGAAUGCCCAACUCCAGAAAAUAAUUCAUCUACUGUCGAUCCAGAGAUCAACUCACGUCUGGAGUCACUCUGUCUUAGCAUGACUGAGCAUGCUCUGGGAGGCUGUGGAGAGAAAACAGAAGAAUUUAGAUAAUGACAAGAAGAUAGGCCGGUGUCAGUCGGUCCUAAACUGAGAUAUAAUAUUGAAUUCUUUGUGCAAAUAGUGUAAUUAUUAUCUCAGACAACAUACUAAUUUAUAAAAAGGCAUGAAUAUAUCAUAAAUGGUUUUCUAAGCACAUAUGUUGAUUUCUAGAGUCCCUUAUUCUUGAUAAUAAUUGAAUGCAUCAUUGUUACACUUUAAUUUAUAGAUCUGUAUGUGUGUGUGGGUGUGUGCACAUGAACAUAAAUGCUUUUUCAGCAUAUCUGAAUAAGUACUCUAAAAUACUUGAACCCAGAUGUCUGCAUUUCUUAUAUAUGUUCUGCCAAAUGUGCUGGUUAAGUACACGCUGUAUACUUGUAUUGUCUUAUUUGUAUGUAUGAAGACUGUUGUACUUGCAUAUGCAAGCUUUUGUUGGGUAUUUUAAAUUUACUGUAAUAUUAUUGGUCUUGUAACCAGACAACUUUCUGAUGACCUUAGGUGCCACGAUAUCUGAACUUUUUUUAGCGUGGAACAAUUUAACUGGCAAAUUGAAAUUGUCCUUCCUGAUGAUGGAAACAGCUGGUAUAAAGCUUCCCAGCAUGUGUGCUUAUAUUAAAAGAUAUGGCUCAGCCUGUGGGAUAACCUUGAAUUUAUUAGAUUGUAGUAAGGCACUAAUAUACCAAUAAGAAAUGCUAGUUAUUAAUGAUCUCAUACCGUGACUGGAAGUUUGUGUUAUGAACUCAGUUAAAUUGUGUAAGUACAAAUGAGAUUGCUUGAUAUCACUCUUUUUACUUUAUACUCAGAUGUGGUUUGUUAAGAAGAUUUUAGUUUUUGUACCAGGCAAUGUGGUUUGUGCCUGUCAGGUAAUUAACAUUUCCUGAAAAUUGAAGAUUAUGAACUUUAAAUCUGCUAACACUGUCGUGUUUAACGGUCUUUAUCAGAAGCACAGCGCUCGUUAAAAGCAAUAGUUUAGAAUGUGCCAAUUGAAUUUGCUGAUUUUGGCAUGAACCCUUGUACUCAACUACAUGCUACAUUGUUUCUGAAUCAGAUUAUAGUAGUGUUGUCAGGAUGUCAGGCUUAAGAAUUGUGUUUAGGAACAGCAGUUCUUGAAACUGUUAUUUGCACUGUCACUGCCACCUUCCAUGCAGAAUGAUAGUUUCUGUUGUUAGGUGUUCUGUUAUUGUAGAAUACUGAAGAUGAAUUGCAUGGUUAUUUUCAUAUUUGUUAAUAAUACGUUACAAGAAGUAUGACUUCACACCAUAUAAAUUAAGCAAGAUUUGAGGCUUUCACGGCGGUGACUAUGAAGAAAGCAGUCUUCUGGGAUUUGG